AUGAAGACAACCAGUGGGGCCGUCCCCUCCCGCUGCAGUUCCACGCUCGUCCACAUGAGGCGCCACAGAGCGGGGGUCUACCCCUUCCUCUUCCCUUCGGUCAUCAACACGCUCCCCCUGCCCCCUCCAGCCCAGAGACUGCAGCCACCCAACCCCCCCAGUAGCGGGGGCACGCCGUCUCCCGCGGCUAUCGAGACCCAGAGCACCAGUUCCGAGGAGCUGGUUCCCAGUCCCCCGUCCCCUUUGCCCCCUCCUCGAGUCUACAAGCCCUGCUUCGUUUGCCAGGACAAGUCCUCUGGGUACCACUACGGCGUCAGCGCGUGCGAAGGCUGCAAGGGUUUUUUCCGUAGAAGCAUCCAGAAGAACAUGGUGUACACGUGCCACAGGGACAAAAACUGUAUCAUCAACAAAGUGACACGUAACCGGUGCCAGUUCUGUCGUCUGCAGAAAUGUUUCACCGUCGGCAUGUCCAAAGAGUCGGUCCGGAAUGACAGGAACAAGAAAAAGAAAGAAAGCCCAAAACCGGAGUUGGCGGAGAGCUACGAGCUGACGGCCGAGUUGGAGACCAUCAUUGAGAAGAUCCGCAGAGCACACCAGGAGACGUUCCCAUCACUGUGUCAGCUGGGCAAGUACACCACGAACUCAAGCGCAGACCACCGUGUGCGUCUGGACCUGGGCCUGUGGGAUAAAUUCAGUGAGCUGGCGACCAAGUGCAUUAUCAAAAUUGUGGAGUUUGCCAAACGAGUGCCUGGAUUCACCGGACUGACCAUCGCUGACCAGAUUACACUCCUCAAAGCCGCCUGCCUGGACAUACUGAUCUUGCGUAUCUGUACGAGGUACACCCCCGACCAGGAUACCAUGACCUUCUCGGACGGACUGACGCUCAAUCGGACGCAGAUGCACAACGCCGGUUUCGGACCCCUCACGGACCUGGUGUUCACCUUCGCCAACCAGCUCCUGCCCAUCGAAAUGGACGACACCGAAACUGGCCUCCUCAGUGCCAUCUGCCUCAUCUCUGGAGAUCGUCAGGAUCUGGAGGAGCCCUCUAAGGUGGACCAGCUGCAGGAGCCUCUGUUGGAGGCGUUGAAGAUCUAUGUGAGGAAACGUCGACCCAGCAAACCCCACAUGUUCCCCAAGACCCUGAUGAAGAUCACAGACCUGCGCAGUAUCAGCGCUAAAGGUGCGGAGCGUGUGAUUUCCCUGAAGAUGGAGAUUCCUGGCUCCAUGCCUCCACUCAUCCAGGAGAUGCUGGAGAACUCGGAAGGCCAGGAUGGACAGAGUUCAUCGGACGGAGGCAGCCCCGAAAAGAGCGGCAGUCCCGCUGAGCCCAAACCCACUGCCCCCUCCCCGGAACCCACAGACGGAGCUUCGGCCGGCGCCUCCUCCGGCGAGGAACCGUAGAACCCGGCUGGAACCUAGAACCCUCUCUCAGACUCUUAAGACAUUCCUUUGCACAGCAUUGGAGAACCAGAACCACAGAGGAGCCCAGGCGACGAUGGAAAAA